GUUCUCUGAAUCGUCGGCAUGGCUUCCAGAGGCAUGAUCGCCGUGACAACCGUCCUCCUGUGCUUCAUACUGGGCUCGCUCGGUCCAUUUCCAACUGCUUUGGGUUCCAAUCUGGGCAAAGGCUGUUGCACCAGAUACAAUAGGAAGCCCGUACCCUUCCAGCGCAUCAAGGGCUACAGACAACAAAGCACCAAGGAAAACUGCCACAUCGAGGCCAUCAUUUUCUAUACGGUUAAGAAGAAUCAGAUAUGUGCUACACACAAAGAUGAGUGGGUGAGGAAAACUCUGGAAUUACUCAGCUCAAGACUGAAGAAGAUGUCCAAGACCGGCUUCGCUGCAGGUGAAAGUGGAUCUUUCGUCAGGACCACAGAAACCUUCCCGAACAGCACCAGAUUGUAUUAGCAAAAAUCAGGUGUUGUUAGUUUGGAAUUAAACAAUUUGUGUUAUAGAAAUGCUAAUUCGAGAGAAAGUCGUGUUGGGAAUAUAAUUU